AUCAGUGUGUUAGAAGCUGGAGACCUAAACACAGUCACCAUGAAGCUCGGCUGCGUCCUCACGGCUGGGGCCUUCUGCUUCUCUCCUGCAAUGCUCUGGGCAGCCCAGAUGCUACUGGCUGGAUGUCAUGCUGUGGCCAGUUUGGAGGCACUCCAGUGUGAAGGACCUGUCAGCACCCAGGAGAGCAGCUGCCACAUGGACGAUGACCUGCCGGGCCCAGGGGAAGUUGACUUCCAGGUCAAGGGCUACACUUUCAGUGAACCCUUCCAUCUGGUUGUAUCCUAUGACUGGCUGAUCCUUCAAAGUCCAAUCAGGCCCAUAUUUGAAGGAGACCCACUGGUUCUACGCUGCCAAGCCUGGCAAGACUGGCCACUGACCCAGGUUACCUUCUACCGGGACGGCUCAGCCCUGGGUUCCCCUGGACCCAAGAAAGAAUUCUCUAUUGCGGUGGUACAAAAGGCAGACAGCGGGCACUACCACUGCAGUGCUACCUUCAGUAGUCCUGGUCCUGGGAGCCCAGAAACAGCAUCUCCUGUGGCUAUCACAGUUCAAGAACUGUUUCCAGCCCCAGUUCUCAGAGCUACACCCUCAGCAGUGCCCCAAGAGGGAAGCCCAGUGACCCUGAGCUGUCAGACAGAGCUGCCCCUGCAGAGGUCAGCCACCCGCCUCCUCUUCUCCUUCUACAAAGACAGCAGGACAGUGCGCAGCAGGGGCCCCUCCUCGGAAUUCCAGAUCCCCACAGCUUCAGAAGCCCACUCAGGGUCUUACUGGUGUGAAGCAGCCACUGAGGACAACCAAAUUUGGAAGCAGAGCCCCAAGGUUGAGAUCAGGGUUCAGGGUCCUUCCAGCUCUGCUGCAUCCCCCACCAUGAAGCCAGCUCCUCAGAAACCAGCUGCUCCAGAAACUACUUCUACAGAGCCCCCUGGACCUCUGCCUCCACUGUCUACCCCUUCUUCUAAGGAUAAAGGCUUCUCCUCUUGUCUGCAGGUGCCAGACCCCCAUCUGUAUCACCAGAUGGGAGUUCUCCUCAAAGAAAUGCAGGAUUUGAGGGUUCUUCUUGGUCACCUGGUCAUGGAGAUGAGGAACUUGUCUGGCCACUUGAAGCCUGAGACCACAAAGGGUGCUGCCAAAUAUGAAUAAACAAUUAACCUGCCAUAUUGUUCAGCUAUUCCCAAUAAAUCCAAGUCUAUUUUUCCUCUUUCUGCUUUAUACUUUUGCAAAAAUAGUUUUACAAAAUGCACAAUGUUUUGUUUGUAACAGAGAUGGGUGAGUAUAAAUAAAUUCGUACAGUUAUAAUUGGAA